ACUUCCACUUCCAACUUCACACAUCAUUGAAGCUUUUAAAUCUUCUUCUAGAUCUGCCUUAGCUUCUGUAUCUAAGUAUAUACAUACACAAACUCAUGUCCACAGCAGAACCACCAGUAUCCACCACCGCCGCCGCGGGUGUCGGUCUUGGUUACGGCAUCGCUAUCGCCGUUAGCAUACUUGUGCUGAUCUCCACAAUCAUGUUAGCUUCUUACGUUUGUGUCAGACUGAAAGGUAACAGCUACGGUGACAGCAGCAGCAGCGGCAGUGGUGGUGGUGGUAGUAGUGGCAGGAACGGUAGGCCCAUUAUCAUGGACAACUCGACAGAGCCCGUCGUGGUGGUUGUGGGCUUAGAUCGGCCCAUUAUAGAGUCAUUUCCGAAGACAAUACUCGGUGAAAGCAGACGGCUACCAAGGCCCAACAACGGCCCGUGCUCCAUUUGUUUGUCGGAGUAUAGAGCGAAGGAUACAGUGCGGUGCGUCCCAGAGUGUAAUCAUUGUUUCCAUGCUGAUUGUAUUGAUAAGUGGCUAAAGAUGAAUGCAACGUGUCCGUUGUGUAGAAGUUCGCCGGCUCCGACCCCACUAGGUACCCCUCUGUCUGAGAUUGUCCCACUGCCCUUUCAUGCUAGGUGAUCUUUGUAACAAUUUCUUUUCUUUUCUUUUUUUUAAUCAUUUGAAUUUGAAAAUCUUAUUCUUUAGACAAAAAAAAUUAGUUGCUUGAUGAUAAGAAUUGUCCUUCAUUAAUUAAUUAUGCUAAGACAUGUAAAGAUAUGGACU